UGUAAUUAACCAGCAUUCACAAGAUGAUUAACAAUAAGAGUAGUUCAUAUUCUCUUCCUCUUCUUCCUCCUCUUCACCUUCUUCAUCAUAUUCCUCACUAGUACCGACCUUAACGCCACAGGGGUUGUUCUUCUCAUAUUCUGCCCAGCUAUCACCAAUCUCUGCAGAACGAACUGAGUUGCUUAAUUGUACGUGCAGUGAGAGUCACAUUGUGAUGUUUUUCCAGAAAAGAUUAGAGAAAGCAAAUGCAUCAGAGUAGACUUCCUGUAAUGGAGAUAAAGAAAGCUUAUGAUAUCGAACAUAUGUGCUCGACGCAUGGUAUUCAGCAUGAGUUGUGGCCUCUUGAUGACGUUGAUGCAAAGAAGGCAAAGUUUCCCUGUUGUUUAGUUUGGACUCCUCUUCCUGUCGUCUCUUGGUUGGCACCUUUCAUUGGACAUGUUGGCAUUUGCAGGGAGGAUGGAGUUAUUUUAGAUUUUGCAGGCUCCAAUUUUGUGAAUGUUGAUGAUUUUGCAUUUGGUGCUGUUGCUAGAUAUCUUCAACUUGAUAGAAAACAGUGUUGUUUUACCCCAAAUCUUGGUAGCCACACUUGCAAGCAUGGCUACAAGCAUGCAGAGUUUGGGACUGCAAUCACCUGGGACGAUGCCCUGCAAUCGAGCACGCGCUACAUUGAGCACAAAACCUACAACCUUUUCACUUGCAACAGCCACUCGUUUGUAGCAAACUUUCUGAAUCGGAUAUGCUACGGUGGAUCAAUGCAUUGGAACAUGAUAAAUGUGGCGGCUUUAGUACUGCUCAAGGGGCAUUGGGUUGAUGCCAUGUCUGUCUUGAAGUCAUUCCUCCCUUUUCUACUGGUGCUCUGUCUAGGUGUUUACAUGGUUGGGUGGCCAUUCGUGGUGGCGCUUUUCUCCUUCUCUUCUCUCCUCUUGCUGUGGUUUGUACUUGGCACUUAUUGUUUUAAGACCUUGUUAGAGUGCUAGUUCUUCGUUUUUUUUUUUGUUUUUUUUAUAUUAUUUUUUAUUUUUUAAGGGACAAUUUUUGAACAGUUUAUGGAAUAAAUAGAUAUGAUGUCUAUAGUUCCUGCUGUAAUGUUGGAUUUAUUCAACUCAAAACAAAUGUAUAUAACGAAUGAAUUAGACAUUGACUUUGGAUCG